UUUGCCCUACUUCCUCUCCCUGCCUCCGCCUCCGUGCAGCUCAGUCCCUCUCGCAGCAGGUCCAAAGUGAGGAUUGGAUUCCCCCACCGGCCUUCGUGAAUAACCGCUGGGAGCCGCGCGCCCCGCGGCAGGAGUUGGUGGGACCCAGGCGACGUCCAACCCCGAUUGAUGCUUGCCGUAGAUGCCUUGUCCUGAAGUUUGAAUCGGAAGCCGAUUGGACAUAGACUCCUGAUGGCCGCGUUUCUCCCGAUUUAGCAUCCAUUCCGCCUCCUUUAAGCCUCGGAACCAGAGUCAGAAAUAUAUAACUGUCAUCUUAUACCAAGAUGUCAGGGAUUGGAAAUAAAAGAGCAGCUGGAGAGCCAGGCACAUCUGUGCCUCCAGAGAAGAAGACAGCCGUUGAAGAUUCAGGGACCACCGUGGAAACAAUUAAGCUAGGAGGCGUCUCUUCAACGGAGGAAUUAGACAUUAGAACACUACAAUCCAAAAAUCGUAAGCUAGCAGAAAUGCUAGAUCAGCGGCAGGCCAUUGAAGACGAGCUUCGGGAACACAUUGAAAAGCUGGAGCGACGGCAGGCCACUGAUGAUGCCUCACUGUUGAUUGUGAACCGGUACUGGAGCCAGUUUGAUGAAAACAUCCGAAUCAUCCUUAAACGUUAUGAUCUGGACCAGGAUUUGGGAGACCUACUCACAGAACGGAAAGCCUUGGUUGUGCCAGAACCAGAACCUGACUCUGAUAGCAAUCAAGAGCGCAAAGACGAACGGGAGAGAGGGGAUGGGCAAGAGCCAGCUUUCUCUUUCCUUGCUACUUUGGCUAGCAGUUCCAGUGAAGAGAUGGAAUCUCAGCUUCAGGAGCGUGUAGAGUCCUCCCGCCGUGCUGUGUCUCAGAUUGUGACUGUCUAUGAUAAAUUGCAAGAAAAAGUGGAUCUCUUAUCCCGGAAACUGAACAGUGGAGAUAACCUGAUAGUGGAGGAAGCAGUGCAGGAGCUGAACUCCUUCCUUGCGCAAGAGAAUGUGAGGCUCCAGGAGCUGACAGACCUCCUUCAGGAGAAGCAUCACACCAUGUCUCAGGAGUUCUGUAAGCUGCAGGGUAAAGUAGAGACAGCUGAGUCACGAGUGUCCGUCUUGGAGUCCAUGAUUGAUGACCUGCAGUGGGAUAUUGACAAAAUUCGAAAAAGAGAACAGCGUCUCAACCGGCAUUUGGCUGAAGUCCUAGAGCGGGUGAAUUCAAAAGGCUAUAAAGUAUAUGGAGCAGGGAGCAGUCUCUACGGAGGCACAAUCACCAUCAAUGCCCGGAAGUUUGAGGAAAUGAAUGCAGAACUUGAGGAGAACAAAGAGUUGGCUCAGAACCGACAUUGUGAGCUAGAGAAACUUCGUCAAGACUUUGAAGAGGUCACUACACAGAAUGAAAAGUUGAAGGUGGAAUUGCGGAGUGCAGUGGAGGAGGUGGUUAAGGAAACCCCAGAGUAUCGCUGCAUGCAGUCACAGUUCUCUGUCCUGUAUAAUGAGAGUCUACAGUUGAAGGCCCACUUGGAUGAAGCUCGGACCCUGCUUCAUGGUACCCGGGGAACUCACCAGCGCCAGGUUGAACUCAUUGAGCGAGAUGAAGUUAGUCUGCAUAAGAAGCUGAGAACUGAAGUAAUUCAGCUGGAGGAUACCUUGGCCCAGGUCCGCAAGGAGUAUGAGAUGUUGAGGAUAGAGUUUGAGCAGACCCUUGCUGCCAAUGAACAAGCAGGCCCCAUCAACCGGGAAAUGCGGCAUCUCAUUAGCAGCCUGCAGAAUCACAACCACCAGCUGAAGGGGGAGGUCCUGAGGUAUAAACGGAAACUGAGAGAGGCGCAGUCCGACCUGAAUAAGACGCGUCUGCGUAGUGGCAGUGCCCUCCUGCAGUCUCAGUCUAGUACCGAGGACCCCAAGGAUGAACCCACCGAGCUGAAGCAAGAUUCUGAAGACUUAGCCACUCAUUCCUCAGCAUUGAAGGCAUCUCAGGAGGAUGAAGUUAAGUCCAAACGGGAUGAAGAAGAGAGGGAACGAGAAAGGAGGGAGAAAGAAAGAGAGCGAGAACGAGAACGUGAAAAGGAAAAGGAGAGAGAACGAGAGAAACAGAAACUGAAAGAGUCAGAAAAAGAGAGAGAUUCUAUUAAGGAUAAAGAGAAAGGGAAACAUGAGGAUGGAAGAAAGAAAGAAGCAGAAGUCAUCAAGCAGCUGAAGAUUGAACUCAAGAAAGCACAAGAGAGCCAGAAGGAGAUGAAACUGCUGCUGGAUAUGUAUCGCUCUGCCCCCAAGGAGCAGAGGGACAAAGUGCAGCUGAUGGCAGCUGAGAAGAAGUCAAAGGCAGAGUUGGAGGAUCUCAGACAAAGACUCAAGGAUCUGGAAGAUAAGGAGAAGAAAGAGAACAAGAAAAUGGCUGAUGAGGACGCUUUGAGGAAGAUCCGGGCAGUGGAGGAGCAAAUUGAAUAUUUGCAGAAGAAGCUGGCUAUGGCCAAACAGGAGGAAGAAGCUCUCCUGUCUGAGAUGGAUGUCACAGGCCAGGCCUUUGAGGACAUGCAGGAGCAGAACAUCCGUUUGAUGCAGCAGUUGCGGGAGAAGGAUGAUGCAAACUUCAAGCUCAUGUCAGAGCGAAUCAAGUCUAAUCAGAUCCAUAAGUUACUUAAAGAGGAAAAAGAAGAGUUAGCUGACCAGGUUUUGACGCUGAAGACUCAGGUCGAUGCCCAGUUACAGGUAGUAAGAAAACUGGAAGAGAAGGAGCACCUGCUUCAGAGUAACAUUGGCACAGGGGAGAAGGAGCUGGGUCUUAGGACUCAAGCCUUGGAGAUGAAUAAACGCAAGGCAAUGGAGGCAGCCCAGCUUGCAGAUGACCUCAAAGCACAGCUGGAACUGGCUCAGAAGAAGCUCCAUGAUUUUCAGGAUGAAAUCGUGGAGAACAGUGUUACCAAAGAAAAGGACUUGUUCAAUUUCAAACGAGCACAGGAAGACAUCUCUAGGCUCCGCAGAAAGCUGGAGACCACCAAGAAGCCAGACAAUGUGCCUAAGUGUGAUGAGAUUCUGAUGGAGGAGAUAAAGGACUACAAGGCACGGCUGACCUGCCCUUGCUGUAACAUGCGUAAAAAGGAUGCAGUACUUACCAAGUGUUUUCACGUUUUUUGCUUUGAGUGUGUGAAGACACGCUAUGACACUCGCCAGCGCAAGUGUCCCAAGUGUAAUGCUGCUUUUGGCGCCAAUGAUUUCCAUCGCAUCUACAUUGGCUGAUUGCAGUCAAGAAAGAGGACUGGCUAGGCAAGCACUUACUCACUAAUCACCAGGCCUCUACCUCUUCUCUCCUUGACCACUGGCAUCUCCCUUGCUCCUCAGACUUUGUCCAGGUUCUCUUUGCCAGUAGCUAGAGAACAUAAGUGAAAAAGACUGCAAGUCUUGGGGUUUAGAAUGAACUAGAAACUACUAGUGUUUGUCUUCCCUACCAGCUUUCUUUGUGUCCUUCUUUCAGAUUUGUCAGCAUUUUCUUCUUGGGCUGAGCCUAUAAACUUGGAUUUGCCCAUUCCUCCUGAAGAAGUCAGGUUGAUAAUUUGGAACCUGAGAAGUGAAUGUGGGUCGAGUGAACAUAAACUAUUAUGGAGGAGUUAACUUUUAGAUAAGCUAUCUGUGGGCCCAACAUUCUUGAUUUGGGUGAUAAACCUUGCUAAACUUAGGUUAUAAAAUGGUAUAAUUGUGCUAGUCUAUCUUGGAAGAUUUGAAGCCUUAAUGAAAUUAUAUCCAGGAUAAUUCUAUUUCCCACUUCUAGGAAACUGACUUUUUGGGUCAGUUGGACUUCUUGCUAAAGUUAUUUAUGUUUUAAGUAUUCAAAUAUUAAUAGUGUUUUUAAUUUCUUAAGGCCAGAAUAAUUUCAUACAUGAUAGUUCCUAUGAUGGUUUUUUUCUUUUCUUUUUCUUUUUUCUUUUUUUUUUUUUUUCCUGAAAUCAGUAUUAGUACUUAAGAAGUAGCCGGUAUGGAUUGUGAAAAGAUCUAGGUAGUCUGGGAAUGAGAUCCAGGGAGGUGUUAGUGAAUUAUGAAUUACUGUCAUCCUCCCCUCCAGAGGGAUUCUUUGUUCUCUGUUUUUCAGAAUAUUCUCAGUAAUGUUUCUGUAGGAUUUUAAUAUUCCAUAUACUUCAAUUAAAGCAGGAUUCAGGUUGCUCUUGUGUUUGUGGUUUUUGUUGUUGUUGUUGUGACUAUUCCAAAAUUGAAUUUUUAAGACAGGGUCUACUGCUGUUUAUUGCCCUUUCUCAGCCUUACUGGAGCUAAGAUUGGGGAUGUGUGCCACCAUGCCCAGUGAAGCAAAAUCUUUAAACAGAAUUAAAAUUAAGAGGCUGUCUUCAUUGGCAGUAUUUAGUUUUUUAAUAAAAAUUAAGUUACUUUUCUCCCUUCCCAAUUGUUUUGAGUCCAUACUGAGGAGAGACUGCUUAGUUCUCCUCUGUAGCUUACUUCUCCCCUGGUGGCUUUGGGUGAGAACUUUGUGUUUUAUAGAAACUAGCACAGCAGAAGUUUUCUCUGCCUGAUAAAAGGUUUGUAUCAAGUGAAUCAAUCCCUCCUGAUAAUGGUCAAGGGUAUAUUCCCUGUCUGUCCUCAGCAGGCUUUGUGAUAAAUCCCACCAUUCUGUGAUAGGGAUUUAAGAAUAAAAUCUAGUUGUUUGGAGUUCACUUGGUUAUCAAGAGAGGCCAUGGUCUGUUGAUCCUGCUGCUAUAUGUUGAUGCACACACAGCCAUGUUGACAUUGGGCCCUACUCUUAGACAUGACCAUUGCUGCUGGCACUCAGAAGGAAACCUUGAGCAUAACAAGGGACCAGGUAAACUGCUUAGGCAGCAGGUGGCUUAUGACAUUAGCAAUUCAUGUCAAUUGGCCUAACAAGCCAGUUGCCUAGUACCAGAUAGCAUUAGCUUAUGGUGUGAUGUAGAGGGAAGCAUUCAGUCUCUGGAAAGCUGGGGUAAGAGGAAGUUCUAAGCUAGAAAUUGAGGUCCAGGUAACACAGGGUGCGUUCUCAAAGUCAUUUUCAGGAAAUAUUCAUGGUGAUUGAUUGAUUCAUGUUUCCUUUCUUUUUUUUCUUCCUUCCCUCCCCUCCCUUCCAUUGCACUGGAUUUUUUUUUUUUUUUUUCUUUUUGCCUACAUGGGGAGUUGUGAAUGGAUUUCAGGAAUGCAUCUGGAAUUUCAUGUCAAAUUUUGUUUUGGUUUUAAAAACGUGACUUAACAGCUCUUCAGAUCCAGAGAGGAAUUUCAAAACUUGACAUUCUCCUAAAGUUAGAAAUAACAGCUCUACAUCUAUAGGAAAAUUACAAGGUAAUAUCUUUAAUGGGAAAGUUUUCCAGUUGAAAGUGUUAUAUAUUGUAGAGAAGUUUUUUAUCUUCUUUGUUCUUCUCUCCCACUUCCCUCCCUUUCCCCCUGCUUUCUCUUAGAAACAUUUAAGUAAUAUUGACCAAAACCAGGGAUGCUCAGUCUGAAGUACAUGUCUUCAUAUAAGGUUUAUCUCUAUGUACUCUAAGGGUUCCCCUAAAGGUAUUGAGCUGUUUCUGAUGCUAGCUAUUUCAUGUGGCUAUCUCUUGGGUACUUUACUUUUUCUUAUUCUCUGUUCAUAUUACUAAUUAUCCUUGUCCUCCAAGGACAAGGGAGUGCUGUACUUACAGAAUAAUGUGUAUACCAUUGAAAUGAUAAAUGAAUUGAUAGUGUGAAGACAAUAAAGUGAUUGUCUUCCAGA